AAGCGGACAGGUGCACAGAGAAGAUAGUGGGAAGAGAUGUAGCCCCCAUAUACUUGAUCCCCCUCCUGGAAGCAAGGGAGAUAACGAGACAGCCAUCGUAGAAGAAGAAAUGGGAACUCUAUGGAUUGUGCUCCUCCUCGUCUUCUCAGGGGCAAAACCGUCCGAGGGAGCGCGAGUCUUCACCAUAGUGAACGAGUGCAAGACCACGAUAUGGCCGGGGAUCAUACCGGGGGAAAGCUUCAACGGCGGUGGGUUCGCCCUGAAGCAGGGGCAGUCCGUCGUCGUCAAGGCCCCGGUCGGGUGGUCCGGUCGGAUAUGGGGCCGGACCGGAUGCAACUUCGACCAGAACGGGAACGGGUCGUGCCAGACCGGCUCCUGCGGCUCCUCCCUCAAAUGCUCCGGCUCGGGCGAGACGCCCGCCACGCUCGCCGAGUUCACCCUCGCCGCCUUGGACUUCUACGACGUCAGCCUCGUCGAUGGCUUCAACCUUCCGGUGGUGGUGACCCCGGUCAAUGCGCAGGGCGGCAACUGUAGCUCCGCCGGCUGCGACGGCGACCUGCGACAGACCUGCCCCUCGGAGCUGGCCGUCAUGGUCAAGAGGGAGACGGUGGCGUGCCGGAGCGCGUGCGACGUGUUCAAUACCGACCAGUACUGCUGCCGCGGCGUGUACGGGAACCCGUCCACGUGCCAGCCGACGUACUAUUCCAAGAAGUUCAAGACGGCGUGCCCGACGGCGUACAGCUACGCGUACGACGACCCCAGCAGCAUCUUCACCUGCAGCCAGGCCGACUACAUCGUCACCUUCUGCUCCAACAGGAAGAGCAGAGUGUGCUCGUACCACGACAACAAGCUGACUUGCAGCGGAACCGAUGGGGGAGCAUCUACUUGUAAAUGGCUGAUAGCGAUGUUCCUUGGUUUGUGGGGCUCGCUGCUCGUAUUAUAGGCAAAGCGAAGUUGGAUGUUUCUUUCUUGUGGUGCACAGUUUGCAGAGGAUGAUGAGGCCAGUUUGUGUCCUCUACGAUGGGGCUCAUCCGUUUGUGAUACACAUUAAGAGAAUGAUAUGUUCUUCAGAAUUCCAAAACUAUUGCUGGUUUUUGGUAGAGAACGCCGCUCCACUUCCUUGUUUCCACUUUAAAAGCCCAAUAUCUGCAGAAGAGUUGUUUGGACUUUUAUUACAGGCCGUACAUCUGGCGAUCCAAAGUAUCUAACAAAAAAAAAAGUUGUGGUAAGAGCUAGUUGCAAAUAAUGAACUGAUAACCUUUUCCUUAA